AUGUCGUAUGCGUAUCAAAACGAGGGUAUUGUGUCAGAGGAGGAAGGGACAUGUACGUUUCUCGCGCACCUUCCCUCUGAUACUCCCGUCUAUCGUUACGCCGAAAACUGCAUAAUGGAGAGCCUCUUCACUCAGGAUUCCAUCGAGGAUCGCUUCGUCGUCUUGAAAAACUUUCCAUCAGAGACACUGACUGAACGCGACGAACAACUUCCCGGACGCUGUGACUACUCGCCAUCGCUUCAGAUUCUGAUCAUCACGAUGCCUAGCCGACCACACGAAGAAGCGGCGUCCAGUUUCGACAUACUGAUUGCGGCCCUCGCCAAAGAGAUGAAAGUCUAUCGACGGCUUGCAAAUUGCGGAUCCACCCUGGUCGAGACCCCCGACCGAAGCAAGCAGGCAGACCGGUCGUGGCAGCCAACUCGUUCGCAGAGCAAAUUUCCAACGGUGGCAUUAGAAGUUGGAUUCUCCGAGACAACAGCGAAACUGGAAAGGGAUAUCGCUUGGUGGAUCAAUACAUCAAAAGGCAACAUAAGAAUGGGGCUUACCAUCGAUAUCAAAAGAUCUGGCUCUAUUGAGAUCAAGUCCUGGACGCCAGCAUUCAUGCCAGUACCGAGCCAUGUCUAUAUCACCGCACACGGUCGCCCUGUUGUUGAGAGACACAUCAGCGAUCCCCCACCUCCUCGAAUGACCCAGAGAAUCUUCAUCACGAGAGGGAGAGAUGGCUGUAAUCCCACGAUUGAGGGGGGAGACCUAAUUAUACCAUUUCAUGCUCUGAUGUUGGAACAAGCGGGAGACGGCGAGCACGAUUUUGUGUUGACAACCGAGCUUCUAUUGCAGGAUUUGGCAGAGCGUGUCUGGGCUGCGAUCGACAAAGCCCAAGCGAUCAAGGCAAAUAAGAGCAAUACUUUGUAA